AUGGACUCAUUGGUGCCAGAGACUAGGGUUCUGGCUGUAGCCAGCCAUGUCGUCUAUGGCCAUGUCGGAAACUCCAUGGCAACAUUCGUCAUGCAAUCGCUAGGCUGCGAAGUCGCCGCCUUGAACACUGUGAACUUCAGUAACCAUACCGGCUAUCGCCAAUUCAAGGGGACUCGUGCGACAGCCCAGGAAAUCUCAGACCUCUACCAAGGCCUAUGCCAGAGUAAUCUCACAGACUUCGACGUCAUGCUAUCGGGUUACGCCCCGAGUGCGGCAGCCGUGGAAUCAGUAGGCGCCAUCGGCAUUGACCUGCAACAGAAAGCAGAAAAGAAACCAGGAUCAUUUUUCUGGGUCCUGGAUCCCGUCAUGGGCGACCAAGGCCGUCUAUAUGUCAACGACGACGUAGUCCCAGCCUACAAGAAAAUCAUCCCCUUCGCAGAUCUAAUUCUGCCCAACCAGUUUGAAGCCGAAACCCUCUCCGGCAUCAAAAUAACCUCCCCAGCCACCCUCGCCGCAGCAAUCACAGCCAUCCACCGCAUUUACUCGGUGCCACAUGUAAUUAUCACAUCGGUGCAACUGUUUAAACUCACCCAAUCAAGCUCAACCCCACCACCACCAGAGAAUUUCCUGACGGUAAUCGGCUCCACGACGCGCUCUGACGGCUCACCGCGGCUAUUCCGCAUCGACGUGCCAGCACUAGACUGCUUCUUCAGUGGGACGGGCGACAUGUUCGCGGCGUUGACCGUCGCACGACUCAGUGAGGCAGUGUCUGCCGUCGACGGGCUCCGCACGACCAAGUCGUGGGUUUCGCCCGACAGCGUUGCAGCUACGGAGUUGCCGUUGGCGAAGGCGACCGUUAAGGUUUUGUCGAGUAUGCAUAGUAUCCUGGAACGGACGCUAGAGACUCGUGAUGCGGAAUUGGCGGUUGCCGUGCCUGCGCUGGAGGGGGAGGCGACGGCAGAGGAAAUGGCGAAGAGGGAGUAUUUGCGCAGGACAAAGGCUGCUGAGGUUAGGCUUGUGAGGAACACGCGGUUUUUGAGGGAGCCGAAGAUUCAGUUUGAGACGAUAGAUUGGCGGAAAGAUGAUCUUCCCGAGGAGCUGCAGUAG